GACAGCCCUUAACCACCAUCAUAUGUUUACAUUCUACAACUAUAACCUAUACGAACAAUUCAAAUUUUUGCCUCGCAAAUGUCUACAUUUAGGUAUUUAACAAAGAUUUCAAUUGGAAUUGGAACUGUAGGAGGAAUAUAUACUUAUUAUGGAUUCGAUAAAAGAAGCAAAGUAAAAGCUCAUUCUUUUUCUGAAAGUACUUUUGAAUAUCCAAGUAAAUGGGACUUCAAUUGGGACAAAAGGGAACGUGAAAAAAAGGAUAUAAAAUUAAAUAGUGGAGAUGAAGGAGAGGUUUGUGUUAAACCAAAGGCUAUAAGGCAUCUAAUUUUGAUCAGACAUGGCCAGUACAAUACAGCUGGUAAUUGUGAUAAAGAAAGGAUUUUGACUGAAUUAGGAAGAGAUCAGGCCGCAAUGACUGGGAAGAGGUUAAAAGAAUUAGAUUUUCCUUAUACUAAUUUAGUUCAUUCAACUAUGGCUAGAGCUAUUGAAACUGCUAAAAUCAUUUCUGAAUACAUUCCCCAUGUCCCAGUUAAAGAAUGCAUGUUACUUGAAGAAGGUGCUCCAAUUCCACCAGAACCACCUGUUGGCCAUUGGAAACCUCCUCAUUAUCAGUUUCAUCAGGAUGGUGCAAGAAUCGAAGCAGCUUUUAGAAAAUACUUUUACAGAGCUGAUCCAAAACAAGAAACUGAUACUUACACUGUUGUCGUAUGCCAUGCAAAUGUCAUUAGAUACUUUGUCUGCAGAGCGUUGCAGUAUCCUGCAGAAGGUUGGUUGAGGUUAUCUCUAAAGCAUGCUAGUAUUACAUGGCUGAGUAUUUUACCGAGUGGACGAGUCUUAUUACGCUGUUAUGGUGAUGCAGGCUACAUGCCACCAUAUGCACUAACUACGAGCUGAGCCAAUGAAUUGGGACCAGUUGUUUCACCCUAACAUGCAAGAUCUGUUGAGAGCCCACCAUUGCUCGAAAAAUAUAUGAGAUGGCAUUUAAUUGCAUGUGGAAUUGAAAAAAUAAGAACAAAAAAUGACAUUGAAAUCAUUUAUUAUUGUAAUAAGCUAAUUUAUCAUGUAUUUAAAAAUGAGUAAGCAAUACUCAGGAAUUUAAACUCCCAGAUUUUUCUAUUUGCAUCAGAAGAAUCAUUUUAACUACUUAUUUUCUUUGCCUUUGCAAAGUGAUGUACAUAUUAAAGAGUUCCAUUGUUGUUAUAAUACAUGUUUUACUAGCAAUUUAAUUCAAGAUUAGAUUGUAAUAACUUGCUAAAUGGCAGUAUUGUAAUAGAUAUUAUUGUUCAGUAUUAUGCAUGUCUGUAAUUUAUUUAUUUACUUCUUUUGUUUUUUCGAAGAUUUGGUUGUAAAAUUUUCUCAUAAUUAAUAUAGAAAAUUGGUAAUGUUCAAUCCUUGAAUAUUUUUCUGUUGCUUUAUAAAUGAUUUGAAUGGUAAUAAAAUUAUCUUUUAAAAGUCUUUUUUUUUUUGUGUUUAAUUAAAAACUUCAUUAUUUAAUACCCUACAAAAUUUGGACAUUUAGCCCAAAGGGUAAGUAACUCUUG